AAUAUCUUUCAGGUCAUUUGUGCUACGUACUCGUCUCUCGCAUCACGCCGAAAUGAAGGUCCACUAAGCUACGCUCUCAUGCUGUGAAAAAGUGAAGCGAGUGGUUGGCUCAAGGAGCAGCCCAUGGUCAGAGGGCUUCGAUCGUCUAAAGAAGUGUGAGAUCAGCAUGAGCCGACAUAUUUCUCGGGCCGCAGGAUGGCGUCCCAACCGCAGCGUAAAAAGAAAAUGUGCAUGCUCGCAGCAGCGCUCGUCCACCCCUGACAGGAAAAUGCCCCAAGAGCCCACCCGCUGGGAUAAGCAAGCAUUAAUCCCUCGGGCUUGUCCGCCAUGUCCCAUGCAAGUGUGGAGACUGGGGUUGGUCAUAUACGUUAUUCAAUGCUGCGUGAACAAUACACAAAUAGUGAGCAGAGCUCACGUCAAGGACCUUCUGAAUCUUUGCGACCUUGAUCGGUCCAUGAGGCAUCUUUAGAUGUCACCAUGGUUUGGGUGUACGGAGCCUCGCCCGAGCUCAAUGCUCAGUCGAGGUAUCCGGCCAUUGUGGCCGUGUCGGUCGUACUGA